AUGCCGCCCGCCAUCACGCCCACCUACUCUUUCCAGCCGAUGGAUCCAGUACCAUCGUCCGAAGCUGGCGCUUCCACGAGCCACUUUCGCGCUUUCACCCGUACAGAACGUCCCAUCGAGACAGUCCCCGAUUCCGAAGGCGAAGAGAUUUCCUCGGACGAUGAGUAUCAAGAUCCACGCCUUCGAAGACCAUCGCCAUCUUCAUCCCAACAGCCCGUCGAGCCCGAGGAGUUUCACAUCGGCGAUGCCGUCUACCUUCCCUCUUCGUACCAAGCGCCGCUGGCCGGCGUCCUCACCCAUCUCUGGACAGAUGCUUCCGAACAGGGCAAGAUCUUUGGCGUAUGUCGACUCCUUCACUGGCCCGAGUGGAUGUCGACCAUGGCCAAAAAGCGCAUGGCCGGCAUCACAAGUCGACACGAGAUCUACUAUACCCACAAAGCCACCUCGCUCACCAAACGUAGAACAAAGACGAGCGCAAGAUCAGGAAAGGAAGGCGACACGUUCGAAGCCGGUCCGUCCCUGCACGACUACUCGUUCGACGUUGACGAGAUCAUCGCCAAGGUGCACAUCCAUUCGAGCCACGCUGAAUGCGCCAAAGCGAUCAAGGAGUCGUCUGCGCUUUCAGCUAUUCAUCCCAACCAGUCCGCCGACCAAACAGCAGCACCUGAUGCAAACACAAACCCAAACUCCAAUGCAAAGAGAAGGCCGACCAAGCCACACACACUGUACAAGAACAAAUCUUUCCCAACCCAUCUUUUCUGUGAACGCGCAGUGGAUCCCAACAGAGAGCUCUUCUGGAGAAUCGAUUGGGCGAGAUUGAUCGAAAAGGGAAAGCUAGGCGCCGGCUGGGAUCUCCACGACGAUUCUUCCGACGUGGCCACAUCGGAAGGUCAGGGCGUCAAGGAUCUCGUGGAGCAAGUGCAGAAAGGCUCGCAGUUAGCUUCGGCUGAAACUGUCGAUUCGCCAUCCGCUUCUCGACGCCCACCACGAGCCUCUGCUUCGUCUGCCGCCGCUUCCGCAAUCGACCUUGACUCUUCCAAGCCCAAUCGUAGUCGUGCCACUGGCACACCAUCGUCCAUAGCCGACCUCAACGACUCGGCACCCAAACGACGACCUGGACGACCACGCAAAGAGGACUCGCUCUCUGCUGGCGUCGAAGCGCGCAAACGCACAUACUCUCGCAAAAAGACAAACGGAUUCGCCUCAGACUCGGAUAUUGUGUCCGACGACUCGUUUCAGAGUGGUGACGAGUUUCAAGUGGAAGACAAUUUGCUGGUGAAAGCGAUGCACCUCGAUACGCCCGAAUCGUCCGACAAUGAAGGGUCGCAAUUCAGCGCUCCACUCAGCGAUGCCGAGCUCGAUGAUGACGACAAUGACAAUUGUGGCAAGACCUUCAAUCUUACGCCUCGCAAGCGCAAGCUCCCGAAAGACGCUCCGCCAAUGACCCCUUCUAAACGACGCGUGCUCUCCACUGUACACAGCAUGUCGCUGGGAUUGGCGAGCCCUGUGAAAGCACAGGCCACGCCUCGAUCCAAAGCGCGAUUGAUGGGCCUCAAAGCGCGCAGUCUGCCUCACCCGACGUUGCCUGCACGACCACCCAAGCUGUCGCUCCUGCCGAGCCAAGAGGCGCAGACGCUCAGUGCGCACGACCGUGCGAAACGGUUGCUGCACGUUGGUGCCACCCCGGACCACCUGCCAUGUCGCGAGGAUCAGUACGAAGAGAUCAUGGCUUGCGUCGAAGAUGCGGUCGAGGAAGGUAUCGGUGGAUGCGUCUACGUCUCAGGCGUUCCCGGUACUGGUAAGACGGCUACGGUACGCGAGGUGAUCCGUGCACUCACGGCUCGAGCCGAACGCAACGAAAUGAACCCUUUCUCGUUUGUCGAGAUCAACGGUAUGAAGCUCGCGGAUGCCUCACAGGCGUACACGUUGCUCUGGUCGGCGAUCUCCGGAGGACAGCGAACGUCGCCCAAGACAGCGCUUGGAUUGUUGAGCUCGCACUUUGCACGCGUGGGUGCCAAGAUGUCUGGAGCAGCUGGUGGAGCCGGUGUAGGCGCAGGUCCUGGUAGAGCAGCCACAGUAGUCUUGAUGGACGAGUUGGAUCAGUUGGUAACGGCGAGGCAGGAUGUGAUGUACAACAUGUUCAAUUGGCCCAACACACGCGGUUCGAGGUUGGUAGUGAUCGCGGUGGCCAACACGAUGGAUUUGCCAGAGAGGACGUUGAAUGCCAAAGUGGCGAGUAGGCUGGGUAUGACCAGGAUCACGUUUAUGCCGUAUACGGAUAGGCAGCUGGUGGAGAUCGUCAAGUCACGGCUGGGCAUUUGCAGCCAAGAGACGGACGACUCGGCGGUGGUGGACAAGGCUAGCAUCGACAAUGGGUGUAGCAAAGUUCUCAGUCUGGACGCGAUCACGUACGUUGGCAAACGCGUUUCCAACGUCUCCGGUGACGCUCGACGCAUGCUCGACGUCUGUCGGCGCUCGAUCGAACUGGUAGAGCUGCAAGCGAAAGUUUGCGGCAGUUUGAUUCCCAAACCCGUCUCGAUUCUCGACAUGAAAUCCGUGCUGGACAGUAUGGUCAAGUCCGGAAAAGUGUCGCACAUCCUGAGUGUUUCUCUGCAUGCGAAAAUGGUGCUACUCAGUCUGCUCUCGUGCCUGAGGAGAAGCGGAUUGGCAGAAGCAGAAUUCGCCGACGUCGUCGCUCACCACACAGCCGUGUGUAGGAUGUACGGCAUAUCGUCGUUUGGCUCAACAGCGAUUGCGCAUGAGCCGGCACUCACCGCGCCACUCGCCACACUGUGCUCACUGGGUCUGGUCGUAUGUGUAGGUCAGGGUGCAGGAACAGGUAGAGCGGCCGGCUUCGCAAGAUUGAUGCUGGCAUGCCAGGAGGACGAGGUCCGAUUGGCGUUCGAACACGACCCGGAUCAACGCUUGCGAAAGAUGCUCUAG